GCCAGCAACAGAGUGACAGACUACACAGCCGCUCCGCUCCGCGUAGAAGUGGAUAUCUUCUCCGUGGACGGAGAGCAGAGGCGAGCCCCACCGAGCAGCAUGCUCGCUGUGCAACAAGGCGAACAGGAGCAAAAUGGACCUCCGGACAGCAGCUGCAGCAUCCAGUGAGGACCGACAUAGUUUUUAGGUGAUUCUCAUGCGCCACUCUGCAUAAUACACAGCCUCGCACAUGAGACAACGAAUCCUUCAAAACGGCUUCGGCACAUGGAGACCAAGCACCCGGCAUUAAAAGACAAGCCUAAGACGAAGAAACCUUUUACUAUUGGUGAAGAAUUGAUCCCCCUAUAUUGGACCGGCUCGUUGCAGAGACACAAGCUCAGGGCUCCCUCUAAUUCGGCGUAAUGGGCUCUGUUAAAUCCUAGAGGACACGUGGUCAUGAAGAAGUAGAAGCAUCAGUUGAGGCCCUCCAGCUGACCUCUAGGUUAAGUCCUGGCUGUGGGGCUUUGUUGGUGGUGGGCCAGCUGAAGAGGCUUGUAUGUGAGUGAGAGGUAAUGAAGUCCAGUAUGAGGCAGUGGCGGAGGCUCGUGCUGCUGGGAAUGCUGGCCUGGGUGCUCCUCUUCCUCGGCCUUCUCUCUUACUUCCUGGAUGCUCGUGUGAACGAGCCGCUGACCUCUGUUGGCUCUUUACUCUCCCAGCACCCUGACACCCGUCGCCUGGCCUCUAUACAGGCCUCCCAUCAACAGCAAGCCAACCUGGGCUCCCGACCUCAACUGGCUUCCACCUUAACUACCAUCUACCCCAAAGAUGAGCCGGAGCCUUCUGCCAGCUUCACGACUCCAGAGCUCAGCCUGGAGGUGAGCCACAGCCCCAACAGCGCUCCCUACGCCAUUUAUGGUAGCCAGGAGACCAGCCACCAGGACUACCUGGACCCACAGAGCCUGGCCGCCUGGUCCUCCUUUGGUACAGAAAAUGUAGGUUCUCACUCAGACCCUUCAAUCCAGAGUCGUGAGAGAAUUUCCCAAACGGAGUACCAGAACCAUGUCAACGCUAUGCGCUACCAUGGUGGUGGCGGGGGGGAGGAAGAAGAAGAUGAGGGAGAAGAUGAAGAACGAGGAAACAGAAUGAGGACUACAGCACGCAGAGUGGGCGGUGACUCCUCUGAUCUAGAGGAAUAUUACUUCUCCAAGUCGGCCUCUGUGGUGCAGCGGUUGUGGCGGGGUCGUGUGUCAGCCGGCAUGCUGAGUCCUCGGCUGCAGCGCGCCAUGAAGGACUACGUCAGUGCCAACAAACACCAUGUUUCCUACAAGGGGCAUCGCAGGGCCGCCCAGAGUGCUAAGGAGCUGAUGUGUCAAAUGAAGGCUCAGGCCCGGCUAAGGACAGUGGACGGCUCGGAGCAGCCCUUUUCCUCCCUCGGAUGGGCUAGUCUUGUGCCGUCUCUUCCCCUGGAGGGACUGCACCGGCGGCAGGCCCAGAGCAGCUUCAAGACCUGUGCGGUGGUCACCUCGGCUGGUGCCAUCCUGCGCUCAGGACUAGGCAAAGAGAUCGACAACCACGAUGCAGUGUUACGCUUCAAUGCCGCGCCUACGGACGGAUACGAACGAGACGUCGGGAACAAAACCACCAUCCGCAUCAUCAACUCGCAGAUUUUGGCCAAUCCUAAACAUCGAUUCAACACGAGCUCAAUCUACAAGAAUGUGACUCUGGUGGCCUGGGACCCUGCACCUUACACCGUCGACUUACACAAGUGGUUUGCCAGUCCGGACUACAACCUGUUUGGUCCGUACAUGGAGCACCGCAAGCUCCACCCGGGUCAGCCAUUCUACAUCCUUCACCCAAGCUAUGUGUGGCGACUCUGGGAUGUGAUUCAGGGCAACACUCAGGAGAAUAUCCAGCCCAACCCUCCCUCAUCCGGCUUCAUAGGCAUCCUCCUGAUGAUGGCGCUGUGCGAGCAGGUGCACGUGUACGAGUACAUUCCCUCCAUGAGGCAGACGGACCUGUGCCACUACCAUGAGCGUUAUUAUGACGCCGCCUGUACACUGGGUGCCUACCAUCCCCUCCUGUAUGAGAAGAGCCUGAUCCAGCGGAUAAACACGGGCCCCGAGCGCGACCUGAGGCGGAAGGGGCGGGUCACUCUUCCGGGCUUCCGCACCGUUAACUGUGACAUUUGAGAUAUGAAACGUGACCCUCUGAGCCCGAACAUACACACACACUCCGGCCUUUUCUGGCUGACUAAGGGAGAGGUGCAAUAAAGCCACUGGAGACACGGAGGCUGGAGCUUACAAGUUUCAAAUUAGACCCAUGAAGAACAUAAGCCAUAGCCCUCUGGGGAGGGAUCCACAUGGAUGCUUCUGAAAGAACUCAUUUUCAGUUCGCUGCAGUACUCCUGAAAUGAGGAAGAGAAAAAGAAGCAUCAGAGUGAAAGUUCUGUUUCUCUCCCUACAGCCUUAGGGUGUUCUUCUUGACUUUGAUUUGUCAGUGAAUUCUCUUCUUACACUUGAAUUGAUAUUUAAAUAGACCAUUUGUAUGAUUUCAGCCGUUGUAAUUUGUCUUUUUUUACUGUGUAAAUAAAGCUAUUGUACAUGUUGAAA